GAUGAAGAAUCUCAUGAAGACUGUUGAAUGUUUCACAGGAUUUCCCAUCAGAUCAAACAGGCUUUUGCUUGAUCAUCAUGUUGGAUCAUUGAAGUUCAAUCAGAUAGUAAUAAAUAGAAAGAAAAGACCAACUGAAAGAGCAGCUCAUGCAGUAAAUAGCAUUCUAGAUCAUGUAAAAUUAGGAUCCAAUAUUAGUGCAAUAGUAAAAGGGAAGUUAAGCUUAGGAGCCAAAAUUGUUCAAAAUGGUGGAGUGGGGAAAGUCUUCAAGCAUAAGUUUAAUGUUGAAAAUGGAGAGAAAAUCAUAAAGGCUUUUCAGUGUUAUAUCUCCACAACAGCUGGUCCUAUAGCUGGUCUUCUCUUUAUCACAACCAACAGAAUUUCCUUCUGUAGUGAAAGAUCAAUCAAACUUAAGUCUCCAAAUGGAAUGUCAGCCAGAGCCCAUUACAAGGUAUCAAUACCUCUAGGAAAGAUAAAGGGCGCGAUAGUGAGUCAAAACAAGGAGAAACCAUCGCAGAAGUAUAUCGAACUUGCAACUGUGGAUAACUGUGAUUUCUGGUUUAUGGGAUUUUUCAAUUAUCAGAAGACCUACACUAGCAUUCUAAAAGCUGUUUCUUUACCUCAUUUCUUUCAACUCACUCAAUAGUAAUUAAUUAGAAGAUCAUCAGUUUUCUUUUUUUAGUAUCUUCUUUGUAAAUGGCUAUCAUUAACUAAUGAUAAGCAUUCUAAGGACAAAUCUAGACAAAUA